AUGGGUACAAUUAUGGCAUCUCGUCAAAAAAAGCAAAGAGUAUGUAUAACUUAGACAGCUAAAGCUAUAGAAGCAAUUAUUACAGAUGAUCCAUAUUUUCCUUUCACGCAUGAAGAUACCAAAAUAUCUCUUGAAGCCGUAAUGAAAAAAUAGAAUAAUUGAACACUUUUGCACUUAGCUGUUUGGCUAAAUAAACCAGUUACAUUGAAAAAAUUGUUGGAAUUAAAGCCUAACCUUGAUGUGAUAGAUUCUAAUAGUGAAACACCUAUGCAAUUAGCUCUAAUUACUCAAAAUGACAAUAUUUAUCGAAUUUUAAAAGAAGCAGGGGCAAAUGACAGUAAAAAGGGUAUCCCAAACGAAACAAUAGCAGAGAUUGAUCUUCUUGGGGACCAGACCAAAAAGAUUGAAUUUCAAGCAACAGGAACAGGAAAAACUCCUAAAUCACUAGUUUUAACCAAAAAUGGGUUUUUCAGCGUUGAAUCAGAAGGAGUUAAUUAG